GAAUGAAGUCCCAGCAGGCCAUCCUUCCUAAAGCUCCACUUCGACUGAGUAUCCCUAAUGCCCUAAAUUGUUUAGUCUGAACAACAGAACUCGGUUCCUAUACAAGGUACAAAACCCACCCUCCCCUGCCUCUGCCGACUUCCUAUGGUCGAUUUCAUUGCGGAAGAGCAAAUUUUGAGUGGCAGACUCCUUUUCUUCUCCUCUUUGCUCCAAAAAAAAAAAAACAAGAGCCUUCUCUUCUUUUCUUUAGAUGGCACAGCAAAAAGUAGUGCUCAAGAUUCUGGCCAUGAAUGAUGAGAAGACAAAGCAGAAAGCAAUAGAGGCUGCUGCCGAGAUCUACGGCAUUGAUUCAAUAGCUGCUGAUCUGAAGGACCAGAAGAUGACUAUUAUAGGCGAGAUGGACACAGUGGCAAUUGCAAAGAAGUUGAAGAAAAUAGGAAAGAUCGAUAUUCUAUCAGUAGGCCCAGCGAAAGAAGAAAAGAAAGAGGAGAAGAAAGAAGAAAAGAAGGAAGAGAAGAAAGAAGAGAAGAAAUAGAGUAGUGCAGCAUCUUAAUGAGAGCACUAGUGGCUUCUCCCAAUAAACCAAAUACUUGUUUCUAUUGCUCUGUAAUAGCAUUAUGAGUUCUUAAAAUUCAAAUACCUUGCCCCAUAAAUAAUAUCAGCCUAUCACUUCCAACUUUUCAUA